AUGAAGCACAUUGCCAUAGCAGUGGCGUCAAGUGGAAUAGCUGCAAUUCUGCUGAAAAUCCGUGCCAUUUUAGCUCCAAAGAAUGUGGGAGUUGAUGAUCUAAGUUUGAAACUUCUGGAACAGUUGCCAGGUGAGCGUCACAUCUACAAUUCCAUUGACGCUGUACUCAACAUUAAUGAAGCUGUGAAUUAUCCAGUUGAAUUCUUGAAUAGUCUAACACCACCUGGUGUCCCACCUCACAGCUUGCACCUCGAGAUUGGAGCACCAGCUAUGCUGCUUCGAAACCUCGAUCCACCAAAGCUUUGCAAUGGCAUACGACUUAUAAUAAAGAAGAUGCCAACAAUCUUGAAGACAACAAUUUUGACUGGUAAAGCAAGCGGUGAGCCUGUAUUAAUUCCUAGCAUUCCACUUAUUCCCUUGGAUAUGCCUUUCCAAUACAAGUGCUUGCAAUUCCCGUUGAAACUGAGCUUUGCAAUGAGCAUUAACAAGGCCCAAGAACAGUCCUUGAACGUGGUAGGUCUGAACCUUGCGGAACCAGUUUUCUCCUAUGGUCAACUUUAUGUGGGAUGCUCAAGAGUCGGCAAUCCUAAUCACUUGUUUAUUUAUGCCCCACAAGGAAAGAACAAAAAUGUCUAUUAA